AUGGGCCAGGAAUGGGACAGCACGGAGUGGCACGAGGACGGAAUCUUCGAGCCGGGUCCGGGGCGGGGCGAUCACGGCACGCAUGUUGCGUCUGCAAUCGCGGGUGACCGUUUCGGCGUCGCAAAGGGCGCGACGGUGGUGCCGGUGCAGGUGUUGCAGAACAUCGUGCAGAAGGACAGUCAGGGGGAGGUGGACGAGCCCUUUGCGAGCGGCCCAACUUCACUCUUCCUUCUCGCGCUCGACUGGAUCGUCACUGACUUCACUGCCGCCGCCGCCAACACAACCUCGGGGCGGCGCGGUUGCGUCAUCAACCUCUCGUACGGCGGCAAGUUCUCAGGCGACGUGUACGGGUGGUUCUCGCUGCCCGAGGACGCGCUGGCGGCUGUCGAGGCGGCGGGGUGCGUUGUCAUCAAGGCGGCAGGCAACGACGGUGGCGCGGCCUGCAACACCUACCCGGCUGCCUCCCGGCAUGGCAUCUCGGUCGGCGCGACAGGCAAGCCGCGCCCGUUUGGGAGCGACCCGCUGCUGCCUUGGUCGAACCACGGCUGCUGCUCCGACAUCUUUGCGCCGGGCGAGUCCAUCCUCGCGGCG